UCCGAAGGUGGGGGGUGUGGGCACCGCUGUGGCGCAGCAAUUGGGAGAAUAUAGACGGUGUAAUAUGGUGCGAUGUACUAGUAGGAUUUCGAGAUCCAAACGGUUUAACCGGGAGGAAGCAAAAUCAAGCAGUCCAAGUCGAUUUAGAAAAGAAAGUAUUCCAUAAAUGCUGAUGAGAGGUGAAGGAUGGAAGGACGUGGAUACACGUUGUAGACUUGUAGACUGGAGUCAUUCAUCGUCUGAUCAUUCAAGAUUUCUUGCCAUGCAGUCUUGGCUGAGAAUAAGACGCCGCCAUGCUUCUUGGCUCGCUCUCUGUGGGCUCCAGACCAUGGAAAAUAUCUUGGAUCUGAUGCCCAGUGCUACCUUGGGGAUAAGCUUCCUUGUCUUGAUGCUAAUAUUGGGACUCGAUUGCUGGGUUGUUGCUGGCCUGGACGGGGGUGGGAUGGUUUGAUAUGGAUGCCAAGUCGAAUACCACGAUGGUGACGAA